UUGGUUCCGGCAGCCUGGCGUCUCCAUGGCAGCCCCUCCUCGCCCCUCCCACCCGGCCAAGAUGGCGCCGGUAACUAUUACGGUGUGAGGCAGAGGCGGAGCUGCGGUGACAGGGAGCGGAGCGGGGAGGCUCGGCCGGCACUGAGGGUUUAAUAGUGUUAAGGGCUCGGCUCAUCGGCGGAACCUGCGGCUUUACGGGACUGUCGUACGCCCAGCGCGGCCUGGAUUCCUGGAUCUCCAUCAUCACUGCCCGGGGGUAGCGGGGUAGCUUCGGCUCUCAUCUUAAUUGCCCCUGGGAUAACUGGAAUCCAGCCCAUCGCUUCAUAAUUGCCCCUGGGGUGACUGGCCCCCUACAGAUCCUAUCAGAACUGCCCCUGGGGUGACUGGCCCCCCUGGGGGUGACUUCCCCCCUAUAGAUCCUAUCAGAACUGCCCCUGGGGUGACUUCCCCCCUAUAGAUCCUAUCAGAACUGCCCCUGGGGGUGACUUCCCCCCUACAGAUCCUAUCAGAACUGCCCCUGGGGUGACUUCCCCCCUACAGAUCUUAUCAGAACUGCCCCUGGGGGUGACUUCCCCCCUACAGAUCCUAUCAGAACUGCCCCUGGGGUGACUUCCCCCCUACAGAUCCUAUCAGAACUGCCCCUGGGGGUGACUUCCCCCCUAUAGAUCUUAUCAGAACUGCCCCUGGGGGUGACUGCCCCCCUAUAGAUCCUAUCAGAACUGCCCCUGGGGUGACUUCCCCCCUACAGAUCCUAUCAGAACUGCCCCUGGGGUGACUUCCCCCCUAUAGAUCCUAUCAGAACUGCCCCUGGGGGUGACUUCCCCCCUACAGAUCCUAUCAGAACUGCCCCUGGGGGUGACUUCCCCCCUACAGAUCCUAUCAGAACUGCCCCUGGGGUGACUGCCCCCCUAUAGAUCCUAUCAGAACUGCCCCUGGGGGUGACUUCCCCCCUAUAGAUCCUAUCAGAACUGCCCCUGGGGGUGACUUCCCCCCUAUAGAUCCUAUCAGAACUGCCCCUGGGGGUGACUGCCCCCCUAUAGAUCCUAUCAGAACUGCCCCUGGGAGUGACUGCCCCCCUGCGCAUCCAGUCAGAAUCGCCCGGGAGAUAACUUUUGCUAUAAUUGCCCCUGGGGCAACUGGCUACCUGUAGGUCUAAUAACAUUUAUCUGCCCUGGAUCCCCAGCUGCAAGGAGCUACAACCCUAACUGCCUUGCCCUAAGGGUACCGGAGCCUAAGGACCCAGGAGCCGGGAGUGUGUGGCUCUGCUGGAACCCAGGAUGGAAUAAGCGGGCAGAGUGGGCGAUACCCCGAUUUCCUGGCAGCGGAUACUGGAGAUUCUGUUGCCCCAUUUGCCCCCGUGCCCAACUAGAAGGAACUCUCAAUGCAUUGUACAUUCGGUAUAACAUGAUACCCGCCCUGCAUUAGGAGUGACUGCUCUGUAACUGCCGCCAUGACCACCCCAGCCCUUCUGCCGCUCACGGGGCGCCGGAUCCCGGCUCUGAACCUCGGACCUUCGUCAUUUCCGCACCAUCGGGCCACCCUGAGGCUCUCGGAGAAAUUCAUUCUGCUUCUCAUCCUCAGUGCCUUUAUCACCCUGUGUUUCGGGGCUUUCUUUUUCCUCCCCGACUCCUCCAAGCACAAACGCUUUGACUUGGGCCUGGAGGAUGUGCUUAUUCCUCAUAUAGAAUCUAAUAAAGGAGCCAAGAACUCCGGGAGCGUUCUCAUCCACGGCCAAGGCCACGACGAGCACCGACACAGGGAGGAGGAGGAGCAGCUGAGGAACAAGAUCCGCGCCGACCAUGAGAGGGCGCUAGAGGAGGCCAAAGAGAAGCUGAAGAAGUCGCGGGAUGAGAUCCGGGCCGAGAUCCAGACAGAGAAGAGCAAACUGGCCGAGGAGCUAAAGAAAAAGGAUAACCCGCCCCCUCCUCUGGCCCCCGUGCCCAACCUCCCAGAGAUAAAGAAUGGGGAUCCCGGGGACCCCGACAUCCGAGAGAAACGGGACAAAAUUAAAGAGAUGAUGAAACAUGCCUGGGACAACUACAAGCAGUACGGCUGGGGCCACAAUGAGCUCAAACCCAUUGCCAGGAAGGGCCACUCCACUAACAUAUUUGGAAAUUCCCAGAUGGGAGCCACAAUAGUCGAUGCCCUGGACUCACUGUACAUUAUGGGGCUCCUGGAUGAAUUCAGGGAAGGACAGGAGUGGGUGCAAAAUAACUUGGACUUCAGUGUAAAUGCCGAAGUGUCCGUAUUUGAGGUGAACAUCCGGUUCAUUGGUGGGUUGUUGGCAGCGUUCUACCUAUCUGGGCAGGAGGUAUUUAAGAACAAGGCUGUUCUGCUGGCAGAGAAGCUGCUCCCUGCGUUCAACACCCCAACUGGAAUCCCGUGGGCUAUGGUGAACCUCAAAACUGGUGUUGGCAGGAACUGGGGCUGGGCGUCGGCAGGGAGCAGUAUCCUGGCAGAGUUUGGCACCCUACACCUGGAGUUUGUGCACCUCAGUUACCUGACCGGGAACCCUGUUUAUUAUAAUAAGGUUAUGCACAUCCGGAAGCUCCUGCAGAAGAUGGAUCGACCCAAUGGGCUGUUUCCCAACUACCUGAACCCCAGGACGGGGCGCUGGGGGCAACACCACACGUCGGUGGGAGGCCUGGGAGACAGCUUCUACGAGUACCUGCUGAAGGCAUGGCUGGUAUCGGACCGCAGCGACAUAGAGGCUCGCCAUAUGUACGACAGCGCCAUUGAAGCCAUAGAGAGACACCUGGUCCGCAAGUCCAGCGGGGGCCUGACGUUUAUCGGCGAGUGGAAGAACGGCCACUUGGAACGGAAGAUGGGUCACCUGACCUGCUUUGCGGGCGGCAUGCUGGCGCUGGGUGCCGACGGCUCCCCCGGAGAGAAGGCCGGCCACUACCUACAGCUGGGGGCUGAGAUUGCCCACACGUGCCACGAGUCUUACGACCGGACAGUGCUGAAGUUGGGCCCGGAGGCCUUUAAGUUUGAUGGCGGCGCGGAGGCGGUGGCCGUACGACAGAAUGAGAAGUAUUACAUCCUGAGACCGGAGGUCAUUGAGACUUAUUGGUACAUGUGGCGCUUUACCCACGACCCAAAAUACCGGCGGUGGGGCUGGGAGGCUGCUCAGGCCAUAGAUAAGUACUGCAGGGUGAGCGGGGGCUUCUCUGGAAUCAAAGACGUCUAUUCCUCCUCCCCGACCUACGAUGAUGUGCAGCAGAGCUUCUUCCUGGCCGAGACCCUGAAGUAUCUGUACCUUCUCUUCUCCAGCGACGACCUGUUGCCAUUGGAUAACUGGGUGUUCAACACAGAGGCCCACCCUUUGCCAGUCAUCCAUUUGGUGAAUAGCACUCUUCCUGGUAACCCUGUGGCACGAUAGGGACUGCCCCAGGCAGGGGCCAUUUAUUUGGGACCAUUUCAGGCCUAAAGGGGCUACUUAAGACUCAGUGAUGAGAGUCCAACAGCACCGGCCCCGGGGCCCAAUUCCAUUUCCUUUCAUGUACCUGCACCCCUAUCUGCUGGCGGAACGAGAUUAGACGACAGGCAGUGGGGGGGUAUUUGCUGACCAAACUGCCCUGCUUGGGGGAGGAGCCUGGCAAGUCCUUACUGACCAAAAACCCUGGAGAGCGACCGGACACGUUCGAGGAACUGGAGACAAAACGAGGAGCGUCGUCCGUUUUAUGAAAGGAACAUUCUGGCACCAGACUGAACUUUUGGGGGGGGUGGGAGCGUCACUUUGUACCCCAACACAGUAACUGGCAGAGAACUGGUUAAAAACACAUUCAUUAUGUUACUCUUGGAUUAGCAGCCCAUUGGGCCCCGAGAGUAGGGGCUCUGCGGGCGCCCCGCCCCCUCCCCACGGACACUGCACCCCACUUUCCUUUUCUUAUGUUUUGGGUUCCUAGUGGCAUGAGCUAAACACUGAGCUGGGGAUUAAAGAGACGGUGUACAGGCCUAA